UGCACCCAAAAAAGAGUACCAAAGUGGUCAUCACAAACUACAAGAAAAAAGGCAAAAUACCAAAAAUAAAACAUUUCAUUCAAAAACUCAAAAAAAAAAAAAUGUCUUCAAGAUUGCUUAUUCUUUUCACUUUCUUCCUCUUCUGCCUACUUGUUCAAGUCUCUUCUGAUAUUGACAUUGAAGACCACCAAAAUCAGGUGGUGAGAGGAGGUAACAGGAGACUCUUGCCCUAUGUGGAUUGUGGAGGACUAUGCAAAGUGAGAUGUAGCAGGCACUCAAGACCAAAUUUAUGCAGCAGAGCUUGUGGGACUUGUUGUAUGAGGUGCAAAUGUGUUCCUCCAGGCACUUUUGGUAACAGAGAAAUUUGUGGCAAAUGCUACACAGACAUGACUACUCAUGGAAACAAGACCAAGUGCCCUUAAUUUAU